UACGAUUCGAUAAUCGAUGGUUGAAGACUGAAGUUGCUAGCAUUGAAAUAAGCUUUCUUUUUCUUUCUAAUGGUCUAAAGGGAGAUAGCAGACUGCAACUUCCCGUGUCCGUUGUUGAUAGCGCCAACUGCUUUAAACCAAUCAUAGCAUUUUUUUUUCAAAAUUAUUCGAGCGUCGUUGACGCUUGGCAUAGCAUAGAUUCUUGAAUACAAAUUGUGAAUUACGAAUUAGUUACGUAUAUCAGAUAGAAUUUUGUAUAUGAUUCUUGAAUGAUAACAGUCUCUUUAAAAACAAUAUUAACGGCUUCUCUGAACGUUCCUUCUUUGUGUAUUUUCAGUAAAACUGAAAAUCUUUGCGUGUGGUCAUGUCAUAAUUUUACAAUUAAUAUCAGAAGUUGUUUCACGGGUUGUGUAAAUAUUAGUGAACAAUAAUGUCUACAAGAAGUGGCCGGAUAAGACAGAGUCUUAUUGAGACAAGCCCGCCGCGCACCCGUAAAGGAGUAUCACCGACGCGGUCUCCCGCCAGAAAACGAAAAAGUUCGCCAACCGUUCGUUUGACCCAAAAAUCACCCUCCCGCAAGUCACCAAGUCGAAAGUCUUCCUCUAAAUAUCCAGCUCGCAAAUCACCUUCGAGAGUUGUGAAGGAAGCUAAAGAAGAAAAAGAAGCGUCGGUGCCUAAAUCUCCUGCCAAACGACCUGGCAUUAAGAAAGAUGUCGAAGUUAAAUUAGAAAACUUGUCUUCCAAAAUAGAAAUCUUAAAAAGCACGCGAUCUAGGCGUUAUGAAUACUCAAUCAAAGAUAUCCCUGCAACGAUACCGAAAAUAGAGUCAUCGGUUCGUGAUGAAAAAACGAAUGGACUUGAGAGUAUACAUUCAGUGAGUGAUAUUUACAGUCUGAGAAAUAGAAAAAGUUUUGACGAUAAUCUCCCACGCAGAUCUAGCCGGCUGAGGGAUAUUGUUGAUAGUGUACCUGAUAUGAGACAAAGCUUCAGUAAGUCACUAAGUAAAUCAAUAAGUAAGUCAAUCAGUAAGUCUAUAGAUACGUAUUCUGAUGAUGAAAAUACUGAUGAUAUCUUACUCAGAGAAAAAUCUCAAUCUGUGUCGAGAAAGCUUGCAACUCCAUUGCGCAGCAGUGUGACACUGUCUCAAAUAAGUAAUCGUUAUGAAUUUGGUGGAAGGAUAGGUUCAGCAGCCUUAUCUUUAUUAAUACCAUUGACAGUUUUCUACAUCUUAAUAUCAUGCUCAAAAUCUUGCUCCUCUGUAUCACUUCUGGAUCUAUUUAAAUUUAAAUCAGUAUUUAACUGGUUCAAUACUCAAGUAUCUUUUUUUGUUAUCAGUAAUAUUGUUUUGCAAGCCAUCUUUCUAUCUAUACCAAUAUUUGGGACUAAAGAAGUUGAUGAACAGGGAAAAAAGUAUUGUUUCAAUGCAUUUUUUUCAUGUUUUUGUACUUUAAAUAUAUUAUUUGCUUUGGACUACUACAAAUAUUUGAUUAUUGAAUCGCUUCUAAUGUCCUAUUUAAAAAUGGCCACAAUGUCUUAUCUGAUUGCAUUGUUUCUUGUAAUUAUAUUACACCUAAAGAGUUUAAAAGUUGAUGAUAGAGACUUAAAUCCAUAUGCUACAUCUGGACAAGUUUUAUAUGAUGGCUUCAUGGGCCGACAGAUACAUUGCUAUUUCAUGAAGGUUAAUGUGAAACUGUGGUUAUCAAGAAUAUCCAACAUUAGUACUCUAAUUUUGGCAAUAUUAAUCUUCAGACAUGGUUUUUCUAUCCAACUGACAGAAAUUGAUAGCAUUUCAUGGGAUACAUUUAUGGAGAUCCUAGACAAAGUACAAGUUAAGCCAACUUUAUUGGUGUUUAGCACCAUGCAAAUUGUUUAUGCGCUAUACUUUAUACUGGGAGAGAAAAAAAUCAUAACAACAUUUUAUUGGCAAUCUGAGGGUUUGGGGUAUCUUCAAAUUGUUUCAAGUGCUCUAUACCCUUUCUAUUUUACAACAAUAUCAAAAUAUGUAGCAGAUAUUGAUUUACAACUAUCAAGUAAUAUACUAAUAGCUGCUUCUAUGCUGUACUUACUGGGCUUAAUUAUAAUGCUUAUCAGUAACAAUAUUAAACAUGAAUUCAGGAUAAAUCCACUGCAGCCUAGCUUGACACACUUAGACUCGAUGCCCACUUUUCAUGGAAAGAAACUUCUGGUGUCCAACCUUUGGGGUAUUUUACGCCAUCCUAAUUAUACAGGCGAUAUUAUGAUUCACGUAGCGCUUGCCUUGCCGGGUAUCCUCACACGCAAUGUCAUAGCCACCGUACCAGCUUUAGCAACCAUAUUUAUAUUUUUACAUCGAGCGUGGCGGGACCAUAACAGAUGUCGUCGACGAUACGGGGCCGCAUGGCAAAGGUAUUGUAAGAGAGUGCCAUCUGUUGUUAUACCUAAAAUAUUAUAAUCUCUCUGGCUAGUAAAUAGCCUUAUUCAGGACUAGAGUGAAUAGUAACUUAUGACUGCAUGCAAAAUUCACAAUAAAUGUCUUAAAAUUUAUCAAUUUUAAAGUGGUUUUCAAUUUAACAUUUUUAGUAAUAAUUUUAGUUUUACAAAGAAAAAGAUUGUAUUGAAGAGAUUUUUUUAUACUUUACAUUAUGUAUUAAAUUUAAUUUUUUUAUUCUUAGGUUAUAUUUAUAUACAUUUGACUUAUUUUUAAUGAAAUCCUUAUAAAUUUGAAUAUGAUACAUAUGUUUUAUGCAUUCAUUAUUUUUAAAUAGAAUAGAAUGUCCUUGCCAUAACUAUACCACCGGACAAAUGGAAAUUAAUUUAGCUCUCUUUUUUAUUUCGCCUAGUCUUUUCUUUUUUUUCUUUUUUUUGGUUAACAUAACAGUAACGAUAAUUUAUGUAGUGAUUUUGAAUAUUAAUUAAUAUUUGCCGUAUGUAAUACUACAAAUAUAAGAUGUGUAACGCAUACACAUUAUGUACAACAUUCGCAAUGAUCGAGCAAGUAUUAAAAACAUCGUAGGUUUAGACUACCAUUUUCCUAUUAUGUUUUUCCUUCAUGUUGCGCAACGUGUUGUCAUCGUUGUAAUGUACGUACGUGGUAGUGCGAACAUUGUAGCCUUGCGUUUAAUGUGUAUGCGUUUUAUAAUUAUAGGAUAAUAUUAUGAAAAACAAUUAAAUGUGCCUAAUAGUAACAUAUAUUUUUGAGACAACGAAAGUCAUAAGCUCAAAAUUUUAAAAUAAGAUCUAGUUUUAAAAAAUGUCUAUUUUUUCCAAAAUAUCUGUUUAAAAAUAAUCUUUUGUAUAAAA